CUAUGCAGAACUGUGAGAGCAACUUAAUGCACACCUCAAAACCCUCCAAAUAGAAUUUGCAUUGGUUUCCAGAGAAAAACUCAAUUGUCUUUCAUUGUUAGUUUAUAUCAAAUCCAAUUUCGAUUUUUGUCGUUGAAUUCGUAUUGAUUCAAUGACGAAAAUGGAUUUUCAAGUAGUUGUAUUAGCGGGUGGUACAUCAAAGAAUUUAGUGCCUUUGGUUUCUAAAGAUCUCCCUAAACCUCUACUUCCUGUUGCUAAUCGUCCUCUUCUUUCUUAUGUUCUUGAACUUCUUGAAUCAAGUAAUCUCAAAGAUCUCAUCGUCGUUGUGGAAGGUCAAGAUGCAGCUGUUAAAGUUGGAACAUGGAUAUCAAGUACUUAUGCUGCUCGUAUUCAUGUUGAGGUUGCUGCAGUGCCUGAGGAUGUUGGAACUGCUGGCGCUCUUCGAGCUGUUGCUCACUACCUUACUGCAAAUGAUAUCUUGGUUGUUAGUGGAGAUCUUGUUUGUAAUGUUCCUCUUGGAGCUGUUGCAGCAGCACAUAGAAGACAUGAUGCAGUUGUAACAUCACUUUUGUGUGCUACCCCUGUUCCAUCAGAGACUGGAUCUUCUGGUGGAAAGGACAAGGCAAAAAAGCCGGCACGGUAUAAUAUUAUCGGACUGGACCCUACACAGCAAUUCUUACUAUUUGUUGCUACAGGAGCUGAAGUUGAGAAAGAUAUUAAAGUUCAAAAGAGUCUUCUCCAAGCUGCAGGCGAGAUGGAGAUUCGGGCCGAUCUCAUGGACGCUCAUCUGUACGCCUUUAAGUGGUCUGUUCUAAAAGAGGUUCUGGAUCAAAAUGAAACAUUUCAAAGCCUAAAGCAGGAUGUUCUGCCAUAUUUAGUUUGGAGUCAACUGAGGUCAAAAGUAGCUUCUGAUGGGGCACCCGAAGCAGAAAAUUGGAAUGAGAAUGGUGCUUCACAAAAUAGCCAAUCAUUACUCUCACAGCACCUGGCAACACCAAGUUUUCAUGACAUUUACGCUUCAGAUCGUAAUGGUUUUUCUCCUGCACCAAGAAGAACACAUAAAUGUUGUGCUUAUAUUGCAGACAAGAGCAAAUACUGUGCGCGUUUAAAUUCUAUCCAAGCUUUUAAUGACAUAAAUCGAGAUGUGAUAGGAGAGGCAAGUCACUUAUCAGGGUAUUCUUUUUCCGUUCAUAACAACGUCAUCCAUCCAUCAGCCGAGCUUGGAUCAAAAACUACUGUUGGCCCACAAUGUAUGCUGGGCGAGGGUUCACAAUUGGGCGAUAAAUGUAGCGUCAAACGCUCACUCAUUGGUCGUCACUGCAGAAUUGGCUCAAACGUAAAGGUUGCGAAUUCUGUUGUGAUGAACCAUGUUACUAUUGGUGAUGGAUGUUCCAUCCAAGGUUCUGCUAUUUGUAGUAACGUUCAGCUCCAUGAGCGUGCUGUUCUGAAGGAUUGCCAGGUAGGAGCAGGUUUUGUUGUUACUGCUGGCAGCGAGCAUAAAGGAGAAUCUCUUGCAAGAAAAUAGAAAUGGUCAUCAUAGUGAAUAUCUCUGCUACUGUCCAUUUUCUUCUCUCAAAGCAGUUUAAGAGAAAUAGUAGCCUUGAUGAGUGCGGCUUUCGGAUUUCAAGUGUUUAAGGGAGACUGCGCGAAGAAAAGAGAUGUUCAAUUUUGUCAAGUUUUUCUUUCUUAUUCUUUUACUGAUAUAUCUGUAUCAUGGUCUAAACUUAGUAAUCGACUCAGAAAGUUGGUUUCCCUGAUGGAUCUUAUGGAAUGAAUGUGAUUUUUCAUCUGCUAAACAAUUCACCUCAGUGAAACAAGAUUCUGUGAAUGAAAAGUGCAUCUGCUAUGUUGAGCUGUUA